AGUCGCACGAGCGUAGUCAUUCCAUUGAACAACGCGGAUGAAUUGUGUGAUCCGACGAUGUAGAAUGUCGUGUCAUAACCUCUUCGCUCGCUCGCGGAUCGUAUGUUAAUUGAUUUCGUUCGAUCGCGCGUGAAACAACGGCCAUUUCGGUGUCGUCGACUCGUGGUUUGAAUGGAUAUGCUUUUGCGCGAUCACUCAAUUGCGCCUAGUUUCACGAAUCAAUUCUCGAAAGUGUACUUCCGGUAUCACAGUCUUUGGAGUCUUUGACGAUUUUCGAUCGUUUAAUCCGUUUCUCGUCGACGUGGAGAAGAAUUGCAGAAUUGGAGUAAAUCAAGAUGACCCCAUCACCUUACGUCUCUCGAAUAAAUCAAAUCGACGCUGCUCAAUUAGACACGGAGAUUUAUAAAGUACUGAAGAAUCAAACAAAGGAAAUUACGAGAUACAGCGCGCCUGGCAAGGUCGACAAAUGGCAGGCGGAGGUAGACGUUCUCUUGAAACUUCUCAUCUGGAAAUUCUCGCUGCAACGAGGAUCCUCCACAUUCGGUCAACGACUCCUCAAUCUGCACUACAGUAACAUCAAUCAGAAGAAAGCUGUACUUUAUUUAAUUUUCAGCGUUCUACCUCAAUAUCUGAAAGACAAAUUAGCCAAUGAGAAUUUAUCGGAUCGUGGCGUACUCGCCCAAAUUCUAAAGUCAUUCGUCGAUUGGACAUCGAACGCUGUUAGUCUGCUGGAGCUGAUCAAUCUGCUCUAUUUUCUUCACCGAGGCGUACAAUCGCGCGUAAUAGAAUUUCUACUAAAUCUGUCAAGUCAGCCGAUAACGACGCAUCGACCCAGAACAAUCGGCUACUCGUACAUGACGAGGGAACUCUUGUGGCACGGUCUGAUGGAGCUCUUCACCAUCGGCAUACCCAUGAUCAACUUCCAUUACCUGAAGCAUGCGGUAAUGCGACUCUGGCGACGAGCAGAACCGCCGAUGAGGCAAUCGUUCCCGGUGAUGGACACCGCGACCAAAUGCGUUUAUUGCGAGGAGAAUCCGAUCUUGCCAUCGCACGCCGGCUGCGCACACAUCUUCUGUUACUACUGCCUGCAAGCGCACUUUACCGCGAUGAAUGUGUUCCACUGUCCUAGCUGUAAUAUCGAGCUCCAUGUCGAAGAUAUGAAGAGAUUUACGCUCAUGAGUGCGCCAUCGAGCGACGACGAAGAGUCAGACGAUAGUUUUGAGAGAGUGGACAAUGGAUAACGCGUGAACGUAUGUAUAUUUUUAAUUUUAUCCAUAAUUAAAGUAAAUCGAUUAUCGUGAAGUGACGGAUACAAAUUGUGGUGCCUUUAUUUUCAAUCUACAUAAACAGUGACUCUGUCGAAAACACUAUUAUUAAAAUAAAUUUAAAAAAUAUUUAUUUGUUUAAUGGGGAAGGUAGGUUAUGGAAUUAAGCGAGUUUUGUAGGAGGAGAGUCGUCGCAAAGUACAACGAUUAGAAUAAGUACAAAUGAUUUUUUCAUUAUUAUAAUAUCAGAAUUAAUUAAUUACAUAAAUUCUACAAAAAAUAAAAUAUAAAGAAAUGAAAAAAAAUUCACCUCUCUCUCUCUCUCUCUAAUCAUCGAUUUAUUAUGGGACAUGGCAAAAGGUUAAGUGUAUGAUAUUAAUAUUUUUUUAUUAAAAAUAACAAUACAAAAUCUUCUUUAUUUUUUUCAUUUUAAUACAGCGAAUCCUUAGUUUCCUGAUGUUUUUCUCCUUCUUUCCGAAACAAAUAAUAGUAGAUCAGUAUAUGCUCUCUUUUGGCUCUUAUCAAAAAUUAUACUAGAUGAUUAUAUAAAAAUUUUAUGCUGCCGCUGUAUAUUAUAAAACGCUUGAUUUUCCGCCGCGCAGGUCGAUGAAUCGAUCAUUUACAUGCGAUAAUGAUACGUUCAUCGAUUAAUUUAACAUUUAGCUGCUGCACCUGCGCUCGAUGGGCGGGUAUGUCCCCGGACUUAUUACAUGAGAAACGAUAUAUAUUAUAAGCACUAGAGCACAGAAAGGA